CAGAGUGCAAGAGCAGUAGACAACAAACGAACUGACGCCUUUGCAAUCGUGCGUUAGAAGUGCAAAGAAAUAGCAGGCUUUCUAUUGCCAUUAAGUGACAACACUUCAACGCGCGUUUGUAACCAUAAUCGACAAGGAUAGGCAACGAGAAAAUGAGAGGAAAUGUUACAAAAUUAACGAAGACGCUUAGAAGAUAGGCAUCGUUAUAAUCGCGCUAGACCUCCUACGUUGUACUUCUUUUUAGCCAGAAAGUUCGUUACGAGUUACUGUCUGGUGAAAAAAUCAAGAUGCCUGUGACCGUGAGCGAUGUUGAGCUGGAUGAGUUCUUCCACACCGCCCUUGCACUCGUCAAGGAAGCUGGACAGACGGUGAGGACUGCAGUGCAAAAGGAGAAAAAAGUCGAAACGAAAGCGGGAUUCGCGGACCUCGUCACAGACACGGACAAAGGCGUUGAAAAGCUAAUAAUCGGGAACAUUUCUGCUAAAUUCCCAGACCACAAGUUUAUUGGUGAAGAGUCUACCGUGGAGGGUUGCAAGCACGACCUUACGGAUGCUCCAACAUGGAUAAUCGAUCCAGUUGAUGGGACGACGAACUUUGUUCACACGUUCCCAAUGGUUGCUGUCUCCGUUGGCUUAGCUGUUAAUAAAGAUAUCGUGCUUGGUAUUAUCUAUAACCCAAUUCUCGAUCUUCUAUACACGGCUCGAAAAGGCAAAGGAGCCUUUGUCAAUGAUUCUAAACUUAAGGUAUCUAACUGCAAGAAGCUGGACAAGGCGAUUGUUAUGUGUGAAGCUGGCAGCGGACGCGCGGAAGAAAGGGUGCAUAUGGUUUUCGAAAACAUGAAGAAUAUUCUGUCUCGUGCCCACGGUAUUCGUUCCCUGGGAUCCGCAUGCAUGAAUAUGGUUAUGGUUGCUGGGGGCAAUGCGGACGCUUACCAGGAAUUUGGACUCCAUUGUUGGGACAUGGCGGCUGCAAAGCUAAUCGUAGAGGAAGCCGGGGGCGUCGUGAUGGACAUGAACGGUGAUCCCAUCGAUAUCAUGAACCGGCGUGUCCUGUGUGCUUCGACUCCUGAACUCGCCCAACAAAUCAUAAAACUGGUCCAAUACAUCGACUAUGAAAGAGAUUAAAAACAGAUCUUUCAUGCGCGUCGUUUGUUCAAGAUAGCUAUUUACGAAAUCUUCAGCUGGCAACAAUUGCACGGUAUCUUAGAAACUGAGCCGGAAUAAGCGGGCGUGUUGGUUGUCCUGGACACUGACGACAAGCUGGAUCGACAAUUAAACUUGAUGUGAUGAAAUAAAAAAUUACGAAUUAACAAUGUCACCUUUGGCCUAUAUGAUGACCGCAAAUUGUCCUGUACUAUUUAAUUAAAGAGAUGCGUAGGUUUGCACGCAUGGAGUGUGUAGCAUGACUAACACACGUAGUAAUAAAUUGAUGUGGCGUACUAGC